GCAUAGUUAUAAAAGGCAGAAGACAGACGGGUAAGAAUGGCAUUGCGGGCAGAAGUUCCUGGCUAAGGGGCUGCAAGCCCCUGUCCCAGUUUUGCCCAUCUGCUCCCUUUUGUUCUUAGCCUUUUGCCACCUGUUCUCUCUCUCCUCUGUGUGAUGCCCGCCACUGAAUUCCUCAGUUCCCUCAGCUUUUCCUUAUAUUUCUAGUUUUCCAAGAAACCUCCCCUCACCCUUACGUCUCUACCUUGUUUCGCCCAGGGAGCAAAAUCCUCUUGAAGGCAAGGAGGAAAAGGUGAGGGCAGCCCCUGCAUCUGUUGCUCUUGAGCAUGCGCACACCGCCCUGGCUUGCGCCCUGAUGGGGAGUCGAGAAUGUGACCCUUGGCGCUGGGCAAGUCCCAGACUUAAUCCCCCUCUGAGCCUCGGGAGGACGGAGUCGCCAUAACGUGCUCGAGAACGGGCCGUCAAACGCAGCAGCAGCGCCGUUGGCCAGGAGGACGCGCACCUGUCACCUGCAAUCAGCAAACCCUUUCCCUGAGGAGGUCAGCAUGGCAGAGGUGCAGGGGCCGCUGGAGUCAGCUCUGGCCCCAGAUGCCGGCGCAGAAGUGCCGGAGAAAGGCGGGAAUGAGGACGCAGCGGCGGUGGAAGAGGACGAGACCGAGAAGCCCCCGGCCUCCCCCACCUCGGAGGAGGACGAAGAAGCCCCAAGCGUAGCACCUGAAGAGAAAGCCCGCGAAGAGGAGGAAGGGGAAGGGGGGAGCCAGCAGACUCGCCGAGAAAGUAGCAGCAGCAGCAGCAACAGGAGCCACCAAGGCGAAGGAGACGGGGAGAGGCCCCCGAGCGAGGAGGGAGAGAACGGCGAAGGCGACGGGAGUCCCGCGGAAACGCAGGGAGAGCCUGAAGAAACUCAGUCAGCGGAGGACGCAGCCAGCGAGGGGACCCCGGAGGAGAAGACUGAGCUGGGAGAGGGAGCUGCUGGUGGUGCCGACACUCCAGUCCCCUCGGAGCAGGAGGAGGCAGACGAGCCCCGGAGGGCCGGUCAAGACGAACCAGGCGACGGUGAAGGGAGCCCUGCAGGCCAGGAGGAGCACCUGGAAGGCGAGCACGGCGGGGACGAGAAAGCGGAGGGAGAGACUGCCGGAGAGAGGGGCGAACAAGAAGAAAAGCCUGGCGAGUCUGGCGAAGCCGAGAAAGUGGGCGAGGCUGGUGCCGCCGAAGUGGUGGGAGAGCAGCGGGAGCCGGCGGAGGCUCCAGAGUGGGAAGAAUCUGCCCCGGGAGGCAGCCCGCCAAAUGAUACCCAAGCCGAAGAAACUCCCACAGAGGUGGAAAGCGCCGCCGAAACGGAGGAGCCAAGUGAGGAAACGCCCGCAAGAGAAGGUGCCGGCUCAGAGGGAGGCGAAGCCGGGGAAAGGCUCGAGGGCAACGCGGAGGAGGAAGAGCAGCCCGCAGCCUCUGGAGCGAGCGAGCCUCCGGGAGAAGAGGGACACAGCAGCAACCACGUCCAGGACGCCGGUUCGGCGGAGGAAGCUGUUGAGGAAGGGAGCAGCGAGGAAGCCCUUGAGGAGGCUGCUCCCGGCGUGAAUGGCGUGCAGGGAAGGGGCGACGACGACGACGAAGCUGCUCCUGCUGCGGAGGAGGAGCCGGUCUCGCUCGCUGAGCCGGAGGAAGAGAAACAAGAGCAUGAGAUCUCCCUGUUCGUCAAGGCCGGUAGUGAUGGGGCAAAUAUUGGAAACUGUCCAUUCUCUCAGCGGCUCUUUAUGAUUCUGUGGCUAAAGGGUGUUAUAUUUAACGUUACAACUGUGGAUUUGAAACGGAAGCCUGCAGACUUGCAGGACUUAGCUCCAGGAACAAACCCUCCAUUUAUUACUUUUGAUGGUGAUGUGAAAAUAGAUGUGAAUAAAAUUGAGGAGUUCCUAGAAGAAAAAUUAGCACCCCCAAGAUAUCCCAAACUUGCACCAAACCAUCUGGAAUCUUACUCUGCAGGAAAUGAUGUGUUUGCUAAAUUUUCUGCAUAUAUCAAAAACACAAGGAAAGAUGCCAAUGAAAAUUUGGAAAAAACUUUGCUUAAGGCUCUAAGGAAACUGAACAACUACUUAAAUACCCCCUUGCCUGAAGAAAUUGAUGCCUAUAGCACAGAAGAACUUGCUGUUUCCACAAGGAAAUUUCUGGAUGGUGAUGAACUCACAUUAGCAGAUUGUAAUCUUUUGCCAAAACUCCAUAUCAUCAAGAUUGUGGCAAAGAAAUAUAGAAAUUUUGAGUUUCCAUCUGAAAUGACUGGAAUCUGGAGAUAUUUGAACAAUGCUUAUGCUAGAGAUGAGUUCACAAACACUUGUCCGGCAGAUCGGGAAAUAGAGUUUGCCUAUUUGGAUGUUGCGAAAAGAAUGAAAUGAAUCAAAGAUGUUCUACGUCUGUAUUUCUUCAGUGCAUUUUGAUGAAAAAGAAAAAAACUCAAGAAAAAAUUGUCCACUCAAGCAGCAUGGUUUUAAGUUCUAAUGCUGGCCAAUUCUCCUGACAUAUUUUUUUUUUUAAAUCUAAUUUAAGAAUAGUGGCUGUCAUGAUGAGGAAAAUUGUUCAAAGUAGUCUCAUUGGCCUACAUACUGCCCGCAGUUGCAAAACUACAUUCUUGUGCAACCAUAAGAAUUGUGCAAAAUGCAUUUAUGAGCAGUCUCAUUUUUCCAGUGUAAAUAUGCUCUUGUGUAAAUAUGUUCUGCACAAUUAUUUCACUUGUAAAAGAGCACAGUUGCACAACUGCGUGCUUAUAACAUGCACAUUGCCUUGCACAGUAUGUGGACCAAUGAAAUUAAUUUUAUUUUCAAUUGAAAACCUUGAGUAAUUUUUUCUCAUCAUGUCAGUCACCAUAUUUGUGUAUAUAUCCACUUCCAGAUAUGUGCAUAUGCACACACAAAUGUCUUAUAUGUUUAGGCAAUGGAUCAAAACUUGAACAUUUGCUGCAAUAACAGAAUCUAGAUUACUUAAUAAUAUCAGUUUUUAGACUGAAAAUAAAUGGUAAAGAAUACUUGUUCAGAUGCAGAGUACCAUAAAUGCAGUGGAGGCUGUGCACUUGCUGCUGCAAUUGCCAUUUCUAUGAAUAGCUGUUGCACAGGAAUCUGAAUGAUGUAAUGCAUGUUCUAUUAUUAUGUCAUCAUGGUGUUACCAUAAAUGUCUGUUUGACUUCAUCAGCGUUUGUGCACCUGCUACAGUUGUUCAUGCAGAAAGCCUUUUCCAUAGAUAUAUCUAGCUCACAUGAUGUGGUUCACAUGAGGCAAAAAGCAGGUGUUUGCAGUGGAUCUACCACAUGCCUUCCUUUCAGUCUCAGCGAGCUCUGGCUCAUGAACCUGCGUUACCAUGUGUCCCUAGACAUGUAUCCCUGCUUCAAACCAUAUAGAUGGCAUGCUACAAACUCCUGUUCAUGUAUUGUGUGAAGUGGCCCAAAGAUUUGUAGAAUCGGUUCCUAAGUACUCAGGAUGGGACAUACAAUAUCACAACAUGUGACACUGGCAAUAUUACAAUACAGUGGUUUCUUCCUUCCUUCCUUCCUUCCUUUAAAACACACACACACACACACACACACACACACACACACACACACACACACACCACCCUACAAACCAAGGUCCCUGUCUAAAAGCUGCUGCUCCAAAUUCCAGAUGCUGGGGGGCUAUGGUGGUGGUUACACAAUAGUGAGGAAAGCCAAACUGUGUAUGCUCAGAAGGACUUACUACUGCAAAUAUUCCAGAGAUUGCCUGUGACACUCCAGCAGACUCAGGGGCCGAACCCUUAACCCAUUUCCCUAUGCCUGUAUCCUGGAAGUUACUUUGCCAUAAAUCCUGUGGACUGGGAUGACAGAUCUUUGUUUCUCACAAUUUUCUUGUUUUUACUUCAGAGUUAUUGCCAAAUUUGUUCACUGACUGAAGUCAUCUCUUUAUUUUUUUAUUUUAGAAGAAAUGAGCUCAUUUUUCUUUUAAGUUGUGUCUGUAACCAAAAAAACAAAACAAAACUGUCUGUGCAUAAAUAAUGAAAACCUAACAAGUUUUGUUAGGUAGAGGGAAAUGAAAGUGGUGGGUCGAUCUGUAUUUCAAACAAAUUCCAUUCUUCAAGAAGUUUACCUUUCAGCUGCAAAAUUAUGGGCAAGUUCUAUAUUCUGUGCGCCUGUGUCACAUUUACCUCUAUAGGACUGAGGAAUCCCACCAUGGUGCUCCAAGACAUGAAGUUUUCAAAUUAUGUGUUUCAUUAGAGGGCACCUGAAGGAUCAGAACCUUAAGGCUGAUUCACACAUGUAUGCAUAUGUCUUGGUUACUUGACACUUGAAGACUCACAGCUGAAUAUGAAUGAAUUGAAAAGCCAGUGCUAUUGAAAGUUCUAUCCAAAUGAGCCUCGUUCAUAGAUGUGACAGUCAUCAAGUGGUGUACAUGGAUAAGUAAACUAGACCUAAAUGAAAAACAUCUUCUCUGGCUACUGAAAUUGCUACUGCUUACCCAUUGUUUUAUAGCUCUAUAAAUGUGGUUCAGAUCUGAGGAAGAGGAGGCCCUUUCCUAAAAUUUUUGGAACAGGAUUUAUUUGGAGGACCUUGAAAAAAUAUGAAUCAACUAGCAGCAAAUAUAACAUUUGUGCUGUAGAGCCCUAAAAGUUUAUGUUCAAUGUAUAGUGGAAAGGAAAACCAUUUUCUUUGAUGGUUUCUUGUUUUUUGAUUUGCUGUUGUAAACUUCUUUGGGUGUCAUUGAGAAAGAAAUGAAGUACUGUAUACAAAUUGAACUUCAACUUGCAUCUUCCCUGUAAAAGUUCUAUAUCAGCUAUCAAAACUUAGAUACCAAGUACUGUGGCUACUAGGAAUCCUCUCCUUUGUUAAUGUAAUAGCUAUCAGUUUCUCAGUAUAGAAAAGAUGUAUUCAAUAUGAUUGACUGAAAUGUAUAUUUGCUAAACUGAAUGUAUUUUAGAAUAGAAAAUCUAUUUCAUAUCAAGAUGUCUACUUUUCUUACCAGUUUUACUACAGAUUUAAUUUUCUACUUUUAAGGUUGACUGCACUGUAUAAUCAUGAGAAUAUACUUUGUACAUUUUGCUUCACAUUCUUUGUGAUUAAUUUUAACACAAUUAUAUGCUGAUUUUGUUUUUAUCCAUAGAGAGAUGACUUGUUUAUCUUAACUUACUCCACAAUAUUAAAUGUUUGGUUUGAUUGUUUAGCAUUCAUGAAACAAGAAUCGCUACCAGUUACACUCCAUUUUUUGAUGUACACAUGCAUUUAAACAACCUAUAAAUCACUGUAGUAAUUUAAUAUGCCUUACAAAUUUGAACAAAAAAUACAUAAAUUUUGACUUAAA